AUGGGCACCAUGUACACGAUGACGCAGGACUUCUACAGGGGUAAGCUACUUGAUGCAGGUUUGGAAGUGGUUGUUCCGAACGAGGAAGACCGGGAGACCAUCCACAAUGUCAUCUUCAAUGAGCUCUGCAAAGGCACUGCGAAGGAGAAGUCGAGAAAGAGCUACGAGGCCAUCGCAAAGCGCCUGGAGGAGGCUGGCGCAGACUGCUUGAUCUUGGGAUGCACUGAAAUUGGAAUGCUGCUGCAUGAAGGCAAUACGCCUUUGCCUGUGAUGGAUACAACGUUGAUCCAUUGUCGGGUCGCCGUAGAUAGAGCGUUCAAAUAA